AGGCGCGACAAAAUUUUAUCAGAAGCAUGGCCGGUUAUAGUGUCAUACUAUUUUUGUUGCAAAUCAAAGACAGACACAAUGGGAACAUAAUGAUUGACAUCGGUGGCCAUAUCAUUCACAUAGAUUUUGGGUUUUUGUUCGAGAGUUCCCCUGGUGGCAACUUGGGGUUCGAACCUGACAUCAAAUUGACGGAUGAGAUGGUCAUGAUAAUGGGGGGAAAGAUGGAGGCCGGCGGCUUUCAAUGGUUCACGGAACUUUGCGUCAAAGGAUUCCUCGCUUUCAGACCUUACGAAGAAGCCGUAGUCACCUUGGUCUCUCUAAUGUUGGACACACGGUUUUCUUGCUUCAGAGGGCAAACUAUCAAAUUAAUCAGGUCGCGAUUCACGUCCAACCUUUCGGAAAAGGAGGCCGCUCAAUUUAUGAUAGGGGUCAUUCACAGGUCCUACCUCAAUUAUCGUAUCAGGGCUUACGAUCUGUUGCAAUAUUACCAGAAUCAAAUUCCUUAUUAAAAUCGUGCUUUCAUUAUAUUAAGUUUGUA